AUAUUCGUCUUCGUCAUUUAGAAUAUUUAUCAACUUAUUUGAAAGUUCGAUCGCUAAUUUGGAGUGUUUAUAUUUAUUGAAAAUCUCUAAAUUCAUCGAUUUAAAAAUUUUUGUUAUUGAAAAUCAUAACAUUGGUGUCUCUAAAGACCAUUGAACAUCGAAAUAUAACAAAACCUUUAAUGGAAAUAGUUUAAUUCAUUGCGAUUGAAAAUUUUUCGUCAAUAAGAUUUAAAUAUAGGAACAUCAUAAUGAAUGCAUUUAUAAAUCAACAAAAAGUUAUCCUGAGGUUACGGAAAAACCGUCGAUUAGUGAAUUUAAACAAUCCGACACUGAUCAGAAACAGCAAGUAUUAUUCAGUUUCCACUACGCAACCUCAACUCAGAUUUCCUGUCACUGCCAACAUUCAAAAUCGUUUGUGCACGAGACGUUCAUUGCUUUGUGAUCCAAAUGUUUCAAGACUUCUGUCAGCAAAUGCUUUGGAAUACACGAUAAGUCGAAAUAUUUGUUCGACUUUCCAACUUAUGGAGAAAUCUUCUUCAAAAGUCGAAGAUGUUGUGAAAUCAUUAAAGAGUGCGGAAAAGGAGAAAACUGAACAAAAACCAACUCCAGCUGUAACUUCUGCAGCAGUGUCACCUCCAGAAACAGUAACAACAGCUGAACCUUCAGAACAGUUGGCUAAAAUCGCUCCAGAAACCGCAGUGGCAACAACGCCAGUUAAGAAAAGUCUUCGAGCAAGAAUUUGGGCUGAGCUUGUUCAUUAUUAUCACGGAUUUCGUCUGCUCUUCAUCGACAUUAACAUUUGUCGAAAAUAUUUGUGGAAAGUGUUAAACGGCCAAUCACUUUCACGUCGGGAACAUCGGUUGGUAGUCAGAACAACGUCUGACCUUUUCCGCUUAGUUCCCUUCUCAGUCUUCAUCAUCGUUCCCUUCAUGGAAUUGCUUUUACCAGUUGCAAUUAAACUCUUUCCUGGAAUGCUCCCAUCAACCUUUCAAAGUGCUAGUGAUCAAGACAAUAAAAUUAAACAAAGUCUUAAAGUGAAAAUUGAAAUGGCGAAGUUCUUACAGAAGACGUUGGACGACAUGACAGUUCAACAUAAAGAUCAUCGAUCGGAAGCAGCGAAAGAAUUCAGCGUUUUCUUUCAGAACUUAAGAACAUCAGGUGGUUAUGCGUCAAAUGAAGAGAUUAUUAAGUUCUCACAAUUAUUUGAAGAUGAAAUCACUUUGGACUCUCUAAGUCGCCAACAAUUGCUUGCACUUUGUCGUGUUCUCGAAGCGAAUACAAUUGGAACGUCAAAUCUUCUUCGAUUUCAAUUGAGAAUGAAGUUGAGAAGUCUUGCAGCUGAUGAUCGUUUAAUUCAAAAGGAAGGGAUUGAUACGUUGAAUCUUUCAGAGUUGCAAAGUGCCUGUCGUGCUCGUGGAAUGCGAGCUUAUGGUCUCAGCGAAGAACGUUUAAGAGUUCAACUUCAAGAAUGGAUAAAUUUAAGUUUAAAUGAGAAAGUGCCACCUUCAUUGUUGCUCUUGUCGCGAGCUCUUAUGUUACCUGAAGAUGUUGAAGUUAGUGAGAAGCUUAAAGCGACACUUGCUUCACUUCCAGAGACUGUUGGAACACAAGCUAAAGCAGCGAUUGGUGAGCGUGAAGGUAAAAUUGAUAACAAGACGAAGAUUGAAAUUAUUAAAGAAGAACAACGUAAGAUCCAAGAAGAGUUGGAUGAAGAGAAGGAAGCUGAAUUGGAAAAAGCUCAAAAACUCAAAGAUGCAGCGCCGGUCAUUGCGACCGAUCCAUCAAGAGAACAAAUCAGUCAAAUGUUUAUGGAACAGAAAGUCAUGGAGCAAGAAGAGAAACUUUUCAUUGAGAAUGCAAUUCCAGUUGAAAAAGAGUUGUCAUCUGAAGAUUUGAAAGUUCUGAGUGAUGCACUUGGAACGAUUGGAAAGGAAAAGAAAAAUCUUAUAUUGGAGAAAGAAGAGAUUAAAGAAAUCAAAGAAGAAAUUGCGGAAUAUCAAGAAGACGUUCAAGAAUUAGAACAAAUUGUCGAACUUCAGAAGGAUGAAAAGACUCAGUUGAAGGAGUCGAGAGCAGCUAAAAAUUUGUUUAAGAAAGUCAAUUCAAUGAUUAACAAACUUGACUUGGUGUUGGAUGAUUUGGAGAAGAAAGAGAAGGAAAUUAAAAUUCUCAUCGAAGAGCCAGUAAAAGAUGAAGCUGAAGAGACUUUGGUUGAAGAAGAUGCUAAAAGAGCUGCGGAGUUGGUGCGAAUUGAUGAAAUGAUGAACGCGAUAAGAAAGAUUCAAAAAGUGUCAGAUGAAUCAGUUUUGGAGAAAAUUCAGCAGAUUUUAGGACGAAUUGAUGACGAUCAAGAUGGUUCAUUGAAGGUUGAAGAUGUUUUAAAGGUUAUUGAAACAAUUGGAAAAGAAAAUGUUCAACUUAAUCCAAAACAAGUCAACGAAAUUCUUGAUCUUAUGGAUAAAGAAGAAAUCAUUGAAACAGAAGAUAAAAUUGAGAAAGCUUUGAAGAAAGAAUUGGAACAAAAGCAAUUAGCGAAAGAACAGAAAAAGAAGGAAGAUGAAGACUUCACCGAGUCUGAAGCUAAAUUUAUUUUAGAAGAUAAAGCGAAAGAACUUGAACCCGAAACGAAGAAUUCCGAUGCUGAUGAAAUCGAUCCUAAAAUAAAGAAAGUUGUUGAGAAUCAAAGUGAACAAAUCCUAUCACAAAUACCUCCAAUUCAAUCGCCUACAUCAACAGGAAAAUCACAAACCACCUCUAAUGGAUCCCCAAAACCUAAAGAUAAAGUGAUCUGACGAAGACGCAGUGUCGAUAACGAUAAAAAUAAUUAGACUUAAAUCAAUAAACUUUAUGGUGCAUGCAGCAAAGUAAUAAUUGAAAACCAAAACUUUCGGUGACUUAAUGCUGGUGAUUUCCUAAUUUUUUUUAAAUUUUCUUGAAUUGUCUUUUCGUUUUUCUUCUUUCCAUUGAUUCCAAUUAAACAAUGAUACCUUGAAAUUUCAGCAGUUGAAUUUUCAAUUCACAUGAUUUAUGUAAAAUUUUACCUCCUAAGGCUUCGAAAAAAUCUUUUAACACAUGCUGAAAUAUUAAGAAUAAAAGUUGGCUUCGCACAAUGAAGAGAACUUGGCUAAUUCCUUAAACCUUUGUUAUCUCUUUGCUCUGGAAAUUGUAAUAAAAUGUAAAUUAAAUGGAUAAUAAAUUUCUUUUGCUGCAAUACGU